ACCAGAUACAACCAAGUCCAAUCCAUUCUCUCAAGGUGCUUUCCAUUGGCUAGCUUCGGUUUACCCCUCCGAGUACUCACCGAACCUCCGGAGCUCUCGUUCAAAACACGGCAACCAAAGCUUACUUGAACCCCUUGGAAACUAACUCAACACAACCUCAGCUCUGAGACUCCAAUUUGAUCAUUCUCCUUACUCUAGACACCAAUCGACAAUGUCUUCCGACCAGCAGAUCGUUUUCACCAAGGACGCCCCUGCGGCCCUUGGCCCUUACUCUCAAGCCAUCAAGACCCCCAACAUGAUCUACUGCUCUGGCCAGAUUCCUCUUACGCCCGAGGGUGAGAUGGUCCAAGGUAUCACCGAGCAGACCCGCCAGGCCUGCAAGAAUGUCCAGGCUGUUGUUGAGGCGGCAGGCUCGUCUAUUUCCAAGGUGGUCAAGACUACAGUCUUCAUCUCUGACAUGUCCUACUUUGCUGAAAUCAACACCGAGUAUGAGAAGUGGUUUUCGCACAAGCCUGCCCGCAGCUGUGUGGCUGUCAAGACUCUUCCCAAGAACGUUGAUGUGGAGAUUGAGGUCAUUGCUCUUCCAUAGAGGCAAAAUCUAAGCAAAGCCAAGGCCCGCGACAAAAUAGAACUUGAUGAAAACAAUUCUGCAUUACUUCGGAAUCCGUGAGAAUUGUGAGUCUUUGGGGAUAAAGUGGUCCUAUUGCCAAAAAACCAUCAAACCA